AUGUCUCAUUUUCAGCCCAUUCAGAGGGAGCGCGCAGCUAAGGCGGCGCGAGAUUAUCUUGAGGGUGCCUCGCAGACGCGUACAGCACGCGCAAAUCCUCCACGCGUCUUGACAAUCAACGAGCUUGCUUUAAAGCACAAGACCAAUGAAGGCCUCGUAAAGAAGUAUAUUGGGCUUCUUCGUGCUAAUCAGGCUCUUCCAUCCGGGGGAAAGGGAGGCCGACCUACUGCUCUUACCGAUGCUGAAGAAAAGAGUCUGGUCUCGUACGCAAGCUUCGUUGAGGGCACCCCUUUCGCUCUUACGGAGGCAUGCCUCAUCAAUAAGGCCAACUUUAUCCGUCAACAUCGCCGCCAGGGCCCUACUUCAAAGGUUUCGAGAUCGUGGCUUACUCGCUUUAAACGGCGGCACCCAGAACUUACCGUCAAGAAGGCUAGGAUCCAAGAGGUCUCACGCGCCAGCGCCGAGCUCGAGGUUGACGAGCUCGAGGCUUGGUUCCAAGAAUAUCAGGCCGUCAUUAAAGAACUCGCGAUAAUGCCAGAAAAUCUAUGGAAUUUCGACGAGACGCCCCUUCAGCUUGGGAGCAGCUCUUUUGAAGGCCAUACUAUCGAGGGCUGGUUCGGCUACCCGGCUACAAUCACACGCGAGGGCUGGGAGGGCCAUGAGCAACGGUGUACAUUCUACACUCGGAUGACGAAGACGGUCUUCCGGCUACUCGUUAUGGAUGGCUUCGCUGCACACGAGGACCCUGAAUUUAUCUGGUAUUGCGACAAAUUCGAGAUCGUGCCGUUUAAGUUGCCAUCGCAUACAAGCCACCUCCUUCAACCUUGA